AGGGUGGGGGUGGUGGAAAAUGAACAGCUUUUUCAGCUCCCUUUGGACCCCGCCGUACGGCCACAUCAGCUUCACUCACACGCCCCCGUUUCCCGCCGCGUGUUGUGUGGCUCCGAGCAAGCUGCACAAGCGGGGCGUGUUUGCCACCCGCCAUCUGCACAGGGGAGAGCUGAUUGAGAUGUGCCCGGUCCUCAAAAUCGACGCGCGGUACCUCCUGCCGCAGACGGGGCUCAGGUACACAGAGGGGAAUUACAAUUGCAUGCAACGCAAAGCUCCUAACAAGCCCAUCCGUUGUUUUGUGUCUGUUGCUCCCUCCUUUGUGUGUGUGCAGGGACUAUGUGUUUGAUCCGCAGGAGGCCUGGUGCGGCCCGGGCAAACACACCUGCCUGCUGGCGGUAAGUAAGAAAGAAACCCUCAGACGUUGGAGUGGAGUGUGCACGUUCUUUCAGUUGGGGAACGGUUCGCUGUACAACCAUGCUCCCAAUGGUCGCGGCGCCAACUGCACCUGGCACUACGACAAGACCAGGGAGGUCAUGGUGCUCUACGCGACCGCUGCAGUGGCCGCCGGGACCGAACUCCUGCACGACUACUCUGACGUAAGAAGGAACCAAUAGAACCAACCGGAUGAAAUCGAGUCGUAAACAAAGCGGCCCAUUAGUGUGUUUGGAUGGAUGGAUGGAUGGAUGGAUGUGUGUGUGUGUGCAGGACUACUGGAAGGCUCGCCCCACCCAGGCUGCAGUCCCUCCUCCCUCCGGCCAAGCUCAUCCCGCCCUGCACACCACAGCCCCUGCCGCCCCGGCGGCGGCACCGGUGCCAGGGCCAGCCCAGCAGGCGCCCGUCAUGAAGCACACAGGAGAGGGCGGCAUCACACAAGGGGCGGGCAUCACACAAGGGCCGGGGCCGCUCGCACCCCUCGAACAUCCACCCAACGCCAUCCCUGUCCGGCCGCUCCAUCGCCAGCCGCCACUGCCAGGCUAUGCGGGUGCGCCGUUCCGUCCUCCAGUGACACCGCUGGCUGUGACGCGCUCGGUCAUGGCACAGGGCCCCCCGGGAGGGUUUGUGGGGACGGUGGUGAUGCCGCCGGUUGGCCAGCUGCACACCACACAGAUGGUUAGGAAGGAGGGUGACAACUGAAGGAUGAUUAUGGGGCCGUGGCGAGGGGGAGGGAGGGAGGGAGGGAGAGAGAGCGAGCCUGGCUGGCUGUGUAACUAACGGUGAGUCCGUGAGCGAGGCGUGUUGUUCGUAUGUACAGGUGGGCUGGCCAAGAGUCGCUGGUUGGCUGUCGAAGCGGGAUCUGGUUGUGUGGUGUGUGUGUGUGUAUAUAUAUAUAUAUCGCUUCCUAUGAACGCGACGGAGGCUGGUUGGCUGCAUGGAUGGAAUGUCUGUUGCCUGACGGACUGACCAGGGAGGGGAGGGGAGGGGCAAUAAGAUUUCGCCAUUCAGUCAGCUGCGAC